GCGGAGACUUCUUGGCUUGUCGGGCUCGCGCUCAUGGCGGCUGCAGGCAGGGCGCGCGCAGUCCCGAAGCGCCUCGGUUUAUGAAACGCGAGAAGGAAGGAGACCGUUAAAAAUGUGGCGGGGAUAAACCAAACGACCACCGGUUUUACAUUUUAAAUAAUGUUUGCAGAGGCCAGUCUGUCCGUCUGGGGAUGGGGGGGUCUGGGAGUCGUCCUCUUCCUCAUCACAUUUGGACCUUUUGCCAUUUUUUAUCUGGCCUUCUACAUCCUCUGUUUCAUCGGCGGGUGUUUCGUAGUGCUUCUUUUAUUUGGAAAGAUAAACUCAGAGAAACACUUGGAAAGGUGUGAACACUCCUACCUGCCAUCGACACAGACGGCCAUACUGAAGGUUUUGGAGGAGAUGAAAUCCGAGUCCAAACCCAUAAAGAUUGAUCGUCGUUUGACAGGAGCCAGUAUCAUAGAUGAGCCACUGCAGCAGGUCAUCCAGUUCGCCCUGAGGGACUAUAUCCAGUAUUGGUAUUACACAUUGAGUGAGGAUGAAGCGUUCCUCUUGGAGAUCCGUCAGACGGUCCAGAACGCCCUCGUUGAGUUCUCCACCAGGUCUAAAGAGGUGGACUGGCAGACGUAUUUCACCACCAGACUGGUGGAUGAUUUCGCCAAUCAUCUGCGUGUUUUCAGGAAAGCUCAGGAGAGGCUAAAUGAUCGAGAAGACCCGAAACAACGUGACUCUUCGGAAGAGUUGUUGGACUCGUUUUUUGAGGCGGAGGUGGAAAUGGAGAGGAAGAUCUGUAGAGAUGUUGUCUGCAUGUCACGCAAGGAUGAAGAAGGUUACCUUCGGGAUCUCUGUGAAGUGCUGCUAUACCUGUUACUACCUCCUGGAGACUUCCACAACAAGAAUAUGAGAUACUUCCUCAAGGAAGUUUUGGCCAGAGGUGUCCUGCUGCCCUUAAUUAACCAGCUGAGUGACCCUGACUACAUCAACCAGUUCAUCGUCUGGAUGAUUCGGGACUCCAGCUGUAACUACGAGGCCUUCUUGAACAUCUUAAAGCUGACAGACAAAGUGGACGAGCUGGAGGCCGUCAAAGACAAAGUCCUGGAGGAGCUUCAGUACCUGCGAUCUCUGGACACGGGAGGAGACGAUAUCAACUUCAUAAAGAAUCAAAUCAAUAGUCUGCUCUUUGUGAAGAAAGUCUGUGAAACACGGAUACAACGGCUGCGAUCAGGGAAGGAAGUUGACGCUUUGAAACUCGCCGCUAAUUUCGGGAAGCUGUGUGUGAUUCCGUUGGAGCAUAUAUUAGUGCACAACAUCGCGCUGCAGUUCUUCAUGGACUACAUGCAGCACAUGGGCGGUCAGGCGAUCCUGUUCUUCUGGCUGACGGUGGAGGGCUAUCGGGUCACGGCCCAGCAGCAGCUGGAGGUCUUACAGAGCAGCCAGAGAGACGGGAAGAUUCAGAGCAGCCAGACCACCAAAGGCCUGCUGAGAUCCGCCGCGCUCGGCGUCUACGACCAGUACCUGUCCGACAAGGCCUCUCCGAGGGUGGAGGUGGACGAAGCGUCUGUAACCAGACUGGCUCAAAAACUCAGUAAAGAGGAUCCCACACCAGAAAUAUUUGAUGAAAUACAGAAAAAGGUGUAUGACAUGAUGCUGCGGGACGAGAGGUUUUACCCGUCGUUUAGGCAGCACCCGCUGUACGUGCGGAUGCUGGCCGAGCUGGACAUGCUGAAAGAGCCCAGUUACAGGGGUUCAGACGACGGGGACGGAGAGUCAUUCAACGGGUCUCCAACAGGAAGCAUUAAUGUAUCGUUAGAUGAUCUCAGCAGCGGGAGCGUGGAUGAGUCUGCUCAGCUUCAUGCCUUUAUCUCUGACACGGGCGUGUGUAACGAUCACGGGAAGACGUACGCUCUCUACACCCUCACCGUCAUACGCAAGAGCUCGGACGGCAGCGAGGACAUCUGGAAGACGUACCGCCGCUACAGCGAUUUCCAUGACUUCCACAUGCGCAUCACUGAGCAGUUUGAGACCCUCAGUCCGAUUCUCAAGCUUCCUGGUAAAAAGACCUUUAACAACAUGGACAGGGAGUUUCUGGAGAAGAGGAAGAAGGACCUGAACUCUUAUUUACAGCUGCUGCUGAAUCCUGAGAUGGUGAAGGCAUGUCCCAUGCUGAUCCCCUACAUCUAUGACUUCCUGGAGAACAAAGCCUACAGCAAGGGCAAAGGAGACUUCGCACGCAAGAUGGACACGUUUGUGAAUCCUCUCCGGAGCUCCAUGAGGAACGUGUCCAAUGCCGUGAAGUCACUGCCGGACAGCCUGGCCGAGGGAGUGUCCAAAGUCUCGGCGGACAUGGGCCGCAUGUCCGAGAAACUUGGCCAGGAUAUUAAACAGUCCAUAUUUAAGGUGCCUCCUUUAAUCGCAAAGUCUGACAUCGAUCCCGAACACUACCGCAUCUCGGCCCAGCUGGACGAAAAUGGGGAUGAUAAUAUCCCACUGAGGGUGAUGUUGCUGCUGAUGGACGAGGUGUUUGAUCUGAAGGAGAGAAAUCAGUGGCUGCGCAGAAACAUUAAAAACCUCCUGCAGCAGCUGAUCCGAGCCACGUCUGGAGACACCAUUAACAGGAAAAUCGUGGAUCAUGUGGACUACAUGACCUCGCCUGAGCAAGUGUCUGAUUACGUGAAGAGAUUCAGAGACUCUUACUGGCCAAACGGGAUCCUGGCCGAGACGCCGCCUCGCAGAGACAGAAGCUUACGCAUGAGGACACGAGUCGCCGCUAAGACCACACUCCUGGGCGUCAUGCCAGAUGAGUUGAAGCACAUCAUCGGGGCAGAAACCACACGCAAGGGCAUCCUGCGCGUCUUUGACAUGUUCCAGCACCAACCGCUGAACCGCCGGCUGGCCUGCGUCUUUCUGGAGCGCUUCCUGGAGACCUUGUUUCCUCAGUACAGGUUCCCCGAGCUGUUCGUGAAGCUCCACUCGCGCUCGCCACGCGUGCUCAGAUAUUCACAGAAACUGCGCAGCUUGCACAAGAGGUGACAGACGGACGGAGAAGGAGGAGGGAAACCGAGCCACCCGAACGGCAAACGCUCAGACACACACCUUCCUCUCAGUGCCUCCUGGCUGCUCUCCUUUCAAGCACUGUACUGACACGGCCGUAGCAUAGAGGAGUCAUUUUAUCAUCCUGAAGCCUUCAGCACCUCACUCACGUCUGAACCACUACGAGAGACUGAGCGAUCUCUCCGUUUGCCGUGCAGAUCUCUGAUCUGAUGUUCUGAAGGACACUGUGUAGAUAGAUACUGGGUUAUUUUGGGUUCGUUUUGUAUUCGGCAUUGGUCGCCUCAUCGUCAAUACUGUAUGGUGGAGGAAAUCUGACCGAAGCUACCUAUGCACCUUAACACUCAUUACAAGCAGAAUCAUCUGAGGAGGCUCGGCAGCGAUGUAUUAUGAUCAUUUUGUGGCACUGAAACUGAAAUAGGCAUAACGUUAUCCCUCUCAGCCUUUAGCUUACAUGUAAUAUUUAAGAUAAUCGAAAAUGAUUUAAAGGAAUAGUUAAAUUACAAUUUGGUGAAAGUUUACUCACCUUCAGACCAUCCAAGGUGUAGAUGAGUUUGUUUCUUCAUCAGACUUGGAGAAAUGCAGCAUUGCGUCACUUGCUCUGCAGUGAAUGGGUGCCGUCAGAAUGAGAGUCCAAACAGCUGAUAAAAACAUCACAGUAAUCCAGUCCAUCAGUUAACACCUGGAGGAGAAGACAAAAGCUGAAAUAAAAUCCAUCAUUAAGAUGUUUUUAACUUCGAACCAUUGUUUCCGACUAAAAUACAAGUCCAUAAUCAUUAAAAAAGCUUCCUCCAGUGAAAAAAAUCGAUCUCCUGUUAUUUCUCACAUCAAAAUCCAUCCACAUAGCUCAUGAUUUGUUUUGUUGAAUGGUGUUUGAUCUGUGCAGAUUUCUCUCCUGAUUCAGACAAGAUGACUUACACUGGAGGAAGCGUUAUUACGGAUUAUGGACUCAUUUUAGUCAGAAGCUAUGGUUUGAAAACAGCUUAAUGAUGAAUUUGUAUCUUACAAACUUGCAGAUUUUCACUUCUCUAGACGUUAACUGAUGGACUUACUUGUGGAUUAUUGUGAUGUUUUUAUCAACUGUUUGGACUCUCAAUCUGACGGCACCCAUUCACUCCAGAGCAUCCAUUGGUGAGCAGGUGAUGCAAUGCUACAUUUCUCCAAACCUGAUGAAGAAACAAACUCCUGACUGGCCUUGAGGGUGAGUGCACUUUCAGCAAAUGUUCAUUUUAAUCUGAACUUUUUCUGUAAUAAUGAUCUGAAGCCCUCAAACGUAUCAAAGCGGACAGAGAUGGUGGAAUUCAAGCGUAGAGAUGUUCACAGAGAUGUGCUUUAACGAAUGUACGUGUCGAUGUUUGUGUGCGUCCUGUUUUUAUAACUCAAUCCAGUGGAGGGGUUUUUAAAAGUACUUUAUUUUAGGAUAGCAAGUGUAGCACUAAACUGCGACUGUCUGAUGCUGAAGACUGUUCCAGUGUGAGGUAUAGAUUCAGCCUUAAACACAAGACCAAGAGACGUGUGUUUAGAUGUAGCUUUCACACACACACACACACACGUAAAGGAGAUAUCGACUGUCCGAAUCAGAUUUUCAGUCAAAGAAUAUGUCUUUCGUUUUUGUGCAAUAUGUUCCUUCCAUGCAUGUUAUAUAAUAAUCAUAUAUGGGAUAGUUUUCAAGUAUAUUCAAGUGAAGAAUUUCCGAAGCCCAUCCAAAACCACCGAAACAUUCCGUUGUUGUGUAAAAGGCUUAUUUUAAAGGACUUGUUUUAUAAGUCGGGCUUUUAUGCUUGUGUUGGGGACGUGUUUGUUUUUAAUGUUUCGUCACUCCUGCUGUCUUCUUGAUGGAUUUUGGUGCUUUUUGCUUUUAGAAAACGAUUGAAAGCACAUUGUUGGUGAACGGAUGAUCAGAACAUGCAAAGACACGAAAGAUGCUGCCGAGGUCAGAGGUCGUCUGGCGUUUGAGCACAUAGAUCUUAAACACUCUCCAGUCAUGUUUUAUAGAUCUAGACUUUACCAGAACAUGCAUAGGUCAUAUUUCACUCCAAAUUAAUUUUUUCUUUUCAUUGUGACAUGCUUUUUUAUAAUGAUUUUUACGAUGAUGUAAUCUGAAAAGUCUCAUAAAUAUAUAUUACAAUUUAAAUUGUUAUAAUAAACUAUAACAUUAAAAAAUAAAUGUAAAAUAAUUAAAAACCUAAUUAAAAUUAUAAUAAAAAAUAUAUUUUAUUUUUUUACUGAUAGUAUCAUUAUUAAUGUAUUUUAUGUAUUAUUAUGCAUGACAAUAAUUGAAUUAUUAUGCAGACUUAAAUACAAAUACAUUAUUUUUUUAUGUAAUAAAAAGGUUCUUUGAUUUAAGUCAUAAGAAUUGGGAAGAAAUAUAAUGGGUAAAACCGUUUAAAUUAAAUUUUCUAUGCAAACAUUAUUUAUUUAUUUAGAUUUUGAAGUGAAAUAUGAUCUAUAAGUGUUCUUUCCUCUCAGGUUUCACUAGAUUCAGCCUUGGGACCUGGUUCAGAUCAGCAGAAAUAAAUGAGAGCUGAUUUUGUGUUUUAAUGAAAGUAAAGAUAGCACUUGAACUCGUAAUUGAAGGGGUUUGAAGACUGUUUGGGUUGCGCUUGUUUGUGGCUGUUUGCUGUGAUUGACCAGCAGUUUUAAUCAUGUGAUUUGCCUGAUUGUGGUCAUUCUCUACUGUGAUUGGCUGGCACUGAGAAGCUGAAAUCUGCUGUGAUUGGUCGAGUCACACAGGAGCGACUUCCCCUUUAAAUCCACCAAAUGGCCGAUACAGAUGUUUCUGGUUUGAGUUUGUUUUCUGAAUCCCUGUACGUAUGAAUCUAUGAACAUGAACUGUGCGUAUUGGUGUAAGUAUGUUUCAGAGGUGUGCCUAAAUGUACUGUCAAUUAUAUAUUUUCUUAUUUUUCUUUAACAAAGUAAGUCGAUUUGAAUGUCAGGGUCGUUUUAAUAGACUGAAAAGGACUCUAAAGGAGUAGUGUUCGCAUUAUGCUUCUAAAACAUUGAUUUUGAGCAGCUUUACUCAGUAUAACACUAAUAAAAUUAACUCCAACUCACUGCCCUUUUCAGAGGGCUGUCACUUACUGUCUGUCUGAAUGAAUGAAUGAAUGAAUACUGUCUGACAAGUUCAAAUAAAGCCUGUUUGAUCAGGAAUUAUGAAUGGCAAUUUAAAUGCAACAAUUUGAGUUUUACUGUGCUUAUAAAAUCAAAUCAACAUCAAAUUAAAAUGCACAUGAAUUGUAA